GCAUUUAAUGAUUUAAGCAAAUCGUCCAUAUCUCCUUAUUCGCAGCUUCUUGGACGUAGUUUUGUAAGAAACUUCUUGUUCUCAUACCACGAUGUUGAUAGCAUACGCAGUAAUUUUAUCAGCAUUCACUUCGGUAUUAGCAGCUACAUCACGCCAAUUAAACGCACAGAAUUUUAAACAAGCUGUAUCUACUGGUACUUGGUUCAUUGAACAUUAUUCACCUACAUGCUCACAUUGUAUCGCAUUUGAGCCAACUUGGUCAAAGUUGGCCGAUGAGUUCGAUCAGUAUAUAAAUUUCGGUCAGAUAGACUGUAAUGCAUCAAAAGACCUUUGCUCAGCUAAUUCAGUUACCGGUACACCGUCACUCGUACUUUUUACGGACGGCACAAUAGCCGAGAAGUACGCUGGAAGCAAUGCUUAUAAAGAUUUAGCAACUUACCUUCAAUCGCACUUGAUAGCAACUCCUAGCUUUUCACAAUCCACUGAACCUAAUCCAUUCGGUGAAGUCGUCGAGCUUUCAGAGAACAAUUUCAAGUCUUACAUCGGUAAAGAAGGCGAUGAUAAGCUUGUGUGGGUGAAGUACUUCGCACCAUGGUGUCCUCAUUGUCAACAUCUUGCACCAGUCUGGGAAGAAUUGGCGGUCAGAUUUAAAGGCAAACUUACUAUUGCGUCAGUUGAUUGUGAUAAGCAUCACGCACUCUGUCAAAAAGAAAAAGUCAAAAGCUAUCCUACAUUAUCACUAUACUCAAAUACCCACAAAAAGGUAUAUAAAGAUGGAAGAAGUCUAGAAAAGAUGUCAAAAUUCGCUAAGAAGGUGCUUGAACCUGGAUUGCGGGAUAUAACAAUCGACGAAUUCGAAAAGGCAACAGCUAAUCAUGAAGUAUUCUAUCUUUUCUUACAUUCCCGUCUUAGUUCAAACAACAAUGAUCUUGAUCUUCUCAAUAAAGCAUUAAAGGGACUUAUAGGAGGACCAACAGUCUUUAAAUCAAGAGAUGACAGGUUAUUUGACAAAUAUAACGUCAGUCCAAAUGAAGGCAGUGUUUUACUUGCAUUCAAAGACAAUGAUUGGAGAAAACCAGCAUCAGAAGUAAGAUUAGGUGACCUAGGAACACUAAAGGAUGAACUAGACGAUACAUUAGUUGACACACGCGUGAAAGAAUUAACAAAUUGGCUCAAAUACAAUGCUUUCCCAACCAUAGUAGAUGCAGCAACAGUAUUUAAUGAGUUAUUGGACUCUGAAAUACAACAAUACCUCGUAAUUUUACCUUUGGAUAUAUCACAUGAUGAUCAAUUGAUUGCAAAAGAGAAAUUAGCCGAUAUAGCUAGAGUUUGGCGCACAGGUGGUAGAAAUAUGCUUACAGAUGGUUUCUUAAAAGGUGGACCAGGUUCAUCAACAAUAUUCGCUUGGGUUGACGCCAAUAAGUAUAGCAGAUGGUUAAGGAACAUGUAUGGAUACAUCAACAAACCUCUCAAGCAUGGCGAAAAUAGACAAAAGCAAAUUAUAAUAGCUGAUCCUAAUAGGCUAGAGUAUUAUGAUGUUAAUUUAGAUGGUCAAGCUACUAUAUUAGAUGGUCACUCUAUAUUUAGUGCCCUGGAAGGUAUUUAUCAAGGACAACUCCAACCAAAAUCAUCACAAAACGCUUUUGAGUAUACCGUUCAAGCUAUACAUAAAAGAAUAUUAUCAUAUAAGCAAACAUUCAUUGAUCAUCCACUCAGGAUGUUCAUAAUAUCCGUCUUGCUUCUUUUGGCAGUCGGUAUAUUGCUCUACACUCUCACGAUCGACAAUAAGCCUGAUGACGAUAGUCUACAUUUAUUCUCAAGCGGUACCAAAGGUAGUGCCAGAGACUAUUAUCAACCUAGCCAUAAAGAAAAUAGAAGAAUUGAUUAAUUUUUAUUGUAAAUUAUGCAUUUGUUAUUU